CUGAAGUCUGGAAACAUCGAAUGGCCACGCGUCCUCUUUCCCCGCUUCUCAAGAGCUUCUUCACGCCAACCUUAGUUCUCCGAUUCCCAGCCAAGCCCCCCAAAACCCUCUUCUUCUUCACUCCUCGGUCCGCGAGCUCCUCUCCAAUGGCUUCUUCUGUGAAGAAGGUCCUUGUUCCCAUCGCCAAUGGCACUGAGCCUAUGGAAGCCGUCAUCACCAUCGACGUCCUCCGUCGCUCCGGCGCUGAAGUUGUCGUGGCGUCCGUCGGGAAUGACCACGGCGUUGAUGCUUGCUGGGGUGUCAAGCUUGUCGCUGAUGCCCUCGUAUCCGAUUGCAAGGAUCAAUCGUUCGAUCUUAUUUCUCUUCCUGGUGGGAUGCCUGGGUCGGCGAAUUUCAGGGAUUGUGGGGUUUUGGAGAGUUUGGUGAAGAAGCAUGUCGAGAAUGGAAGGCUCUAUGCUGCGGUUUGUGCGGCGCCGGCUGUGGCGUUGGGGUCUUGGGGUUUGCUGAAGGGAUUGAAAGUUACUUGUUAUCCAGCAAUGAUGGAUAAAUUGCCUUCCGAUGCGAUCACAGUGAAUUCAAGGGUGGCACUGGAUGGACGGGCUGUAACGAGUCAAGGGGCAGGCACCACCAUGGAGUUUUCUGUUGCUUUGGUGGAACAGUUGUAUGGAAAAGAUAAGGCUGAUGAAGUUGCUGGCCCUUUGGUCAUGCGUCCUAAUCAUGGGGCAGAGUUUACUAUGGCUGAGUUUAAUCCUGUAGAAUGGAAAUGCAACAAAACUCCUCGGAUACUUGUUCCAAUUGCCAAUGGUACAGAGGAGAUGGAAGCUGUUAUGAUCAUUGACAUCCUACGCAGAGCUAAUGCUGAUGUUAUUGUGGCUUCAAUCGAAGAUAAAUUAGAAAUCAUCGCCUCUAGGAAAGUUAAGCUGGUAGCUGAUAUGCUCCUAGAUGAGGCAUUAAAGAUUGAAUUUGACCUUAUUGUUUUGCCAGGUGGGCUAGGUGGUGCCCAGGCAUUUUCAAAUUCAGAAAAGCUAGUAGGCCUGCUAAAAAAGCAGGCAGAAGCAAACAAACUCUAUGCUGCUGUUUGUGCUUCUCCUGCUCUAGUUCUCGAGCCCCAUGGCUUGCUGAAGGGCAAGAAGGCAACAGCAUUCCCAGCAAUGUGCAACAAACUUUCAGAUCAAAGUGCAUGUGAGAACAGGGUUGUGGUUGAUGGGAACUUGGUCACAAGUAGAGGCCCGGGGACAUCGAUGGAAUUUGCACUGGCCAUUGUCGAGAAGCUAUUUGGUCGUGAGAAAGCUCUAUCCCUUGCAAAGAGUCUAGUCUUCAUAUGAGUGUUUGUGCCAUGCUGAAAAUACUGUGGGAAGGCUCUCCUGGUUCUUAUGUUUUUACUUGGUUACUUAUGUAUAAACCAUAAGAGCAAUUUUCUGUGGUGUGAGUGCAGCAUGCUGGAGAAGGCUUUCUAAUAAUUUAGUCGUCUUCUUCUGAAGAAGAGAUCCUUGAGUUGUUAAACGCUUUUUUGGCUUGUAAAUUUUUACAAUAGUUUCUAUA